AUGAGGACUAUGAAAAGAGAUCGUAUGAGUAUCGAAGUUCCGUUAUUCUGGAACACGACAAUUCACUAUAAACUUUGCCAACUUUGUUGUUGAAAAACUGCUUUAACUUUGGGGUUAAAAAACUUUCCAGGAAAACCCGACCGAAUUACAUCUGCCUUUAACUUAAUCUGCGCACGUGAGGUAUAAAGUGUGCAUCAUGAAUACUUUUUGUCAUGGAGAAUUUACUACAAAUUUAAACCGUCAAAUUGUAUUUUUAAAACUGAUGCUUUGAAGCAAUAUUCACAAAUUUUCCACCUUCAACAUCUGCGUGAAAAUUUGGUACCGUCAACCUGCAGCCCAAAGACUCGUUUUUGGAGUUACAUUUUCUUUAAUUUCGUACGAUCUUGUACUUGUAAUAAUGAUUUUCGUUGGAAGUUCUCCAGAACAAGUUACAUAAGUGCGACUGUUUAAAUGUGUUGUUAUGAGACUUACUAAUUUACUUCGACAGGAGAAGGAAAUUUGAAUGACUUGCUUAAAUUCACUUUCCACAUAUUAUAAACUAUGCCUGUUAGCUCUGAAAUCCUAAUUCAGUGAAGUUAUUUGCAAUUUUCCAGGAAAAGCUCUAAUGGGAAAGUACAUGUGAGGUACGUAGAUACAUAUAAGUCGAAAGAGUCAACACCUCGACCGCAGAUACAAAUUCUAAUACCCAGUGUACGCGAGUGACAAACAGCAAGAGACCGCAGUCAUGAAACUUGUGUUCAUUUUGCUCCUCUGCAGUCAAACCGUCUUCACUUUUACUUAUGCUGCCCCGGAGCUCAUACCAGCCGAUUUGAUUUCCGCAGCUGAGGACCAGGAAUUUCAGCUGGACGUAGAACCACAAAUUUUUGUCGACGACGACGGACAUUUCAGAUUGAGGAUCGUCAGCAGAGAUGGAACGACGUUUGAAGAAGAAGGUAUUGUCUUAACGGACGAUAAGACAGGGGAGGAGAUAGUUGUUUCAAAAAAAAGCACUUUCUCUUACCUAGACGAGAACGGAAAAUUCGUACAACUUUCCUACGAUGUUGACGCACCAGAUCACUCGAUUGACGAAAAGUAAACAAACAAAUUCACCCAGCUGUGGAGCAGCGAAAUAGCUGAUUAUACAUCAACAA